AUGCCUUACCUUCCAGGAGAAAGUUCUUCACCAGCCAUUGACAGGACACUUCAGAAACGCGAAGCCCUCAUCGAUAUGAUGAAAUUCCAUCUCUUACGUGCUCAGAAUCGGAUGAAACAGUAUGCCGACUCUCGACGUUCUGAUCGCGAAUUCACAGUUGGCGACUACGUAUACUUAAAGCUUCAGCCUUAUCGCCAACAUUCACUCGAAGGUCGACACAUGCCUCAUAAGCUUUCACCUCGCUACUACGGACCUUUUCGCAUUCAAGAUUGUGUUGGCUCGCCCGCUUACAAGCUUGAGCUAUCUCCGACUUCUGCAAUCCACAAUGUGUUUCACGUGAGUCAACUCAAGCUCUGUCCCAACCCGCCAAGUUCGAUUCCUACGCUGCCACAGUUUCUAAGAAGAUCAAACAGGGAGAGACUUGAAGAUAAAUCAAACGGUGUUGGUGCAGUAGAGGCGGCGAUGUUGUCUUUGUCCGUUGAAGAUGAAUCGAAAGGGAAGGAAACUGAAAAGGCGAUAUUGUCUUUGUCCGAAGCUGCCGAAAAGAUCGAUCCCUCAGAUUUUGCAGCUUUCAUGGGCAAAGUAAGGGUUCCAUUUUCUCAUAUUCCUAAGUCUGUCUACGAAAGAACAACAGUGGAUUGGAUCAACAAACUUCCUUUUAAGUCACACUGGAAGUUCGUAACGUGUGCACUUGAUCGACUUCACCUUGAUUGGGUAUCACAUGCCAGAGGCGAAGAACAACCUAAUAUCGAAUAUCAGGUGGGGACAUUGGUUCAAUUAGCCAUGGUGUUGCGUGCUACACCUGAUUCUUUGACUUGUCUUUUGCCGAUGCUGAAGGGGAAACCUAAGUUUCAUGGCCAAGAAAACCUUCCGCUUAUCGUUUGGAUGAUGUCUCAGGCCUUCCAUGAUGAUUUACCUGCUGCCUUGUAUUCAUGGGCGCUUAACUUGCUCCCACUAGUCGUUAACGAGUGCUACAGCUCUCACUCAAUUCAUCUCAUCCUCCAAUUUGUUGAGAUGAUUUUGUCCUCGAAUUCAGAGGCUCGGGCUGUACUCCUAAACGAACCUGUUAGGCAUGGAGAGCGUCUGAUUCCACCUUGUUCGUUUGAGAUGUUGGUGCGGCUUACAUUCCCUGCUCCAUCCGCUAGAGUAGAGUCAACACAGAGGUUUGAGGCUAUUUAUCCCUUGUUGAAGGAAGUAGCCCUUGCACCAGAUAUUACUGCAAACGCACUGAAACGGAUAUUCACUUUUUCCUUGAAAUUAGCUGGUGGACAAGGAAAUCCUGCUCUAGCCAAUGAAGCUACAGCAAUCGCCAUCAGUGUUUUGACACAAAACGUUGAUUGCUUUAAGCAAUGGGUUGUUCUCUACAAAGAGAAUCUUGAAGCUAGCGUUGCUCUUCUUAAUAAGCUUGUAGACGAAUGGAAGUAUCAUUCCCUCAAACUUUCAUCAUCUUCGAGUGAUACUCUCACUGUCAAGCAUGCUAUCAACAGCUUCAGGAUGAAGAACGAAAAAGCCAUCACUGAAGAUGUAGCCAAUCCUUCUCUUUACAAAGAAGCUGACCAGGCGUGCAAACUGAUCUCAAGUAGACUCUCCCGUGGCAUCGGAAUAGCACCCUUAACCGCUAUGGUUAUAGCAGGGGUUGUUGGAGCCGGAGCCGCACAUGCUCUAAUCUAUCUUGCCAGGAGCAAAAAGUCCUUCUCUUAAUAGAUGUUUAUCAGAAUAUUACUUGUUGGCUUCUUUUAAUCCCUUUCUUUGAAGCUAUUAUGAUAUAUAUAUAUUUUAUUGUAAAAUAUUGUUAUUUAAGUUCGCACCUACUCACGAUUAUUAUUCAAGUAGAUUUAACUCACGAUUACUACUCAAGUAAUUUAAGGGUAUUUGUGUUGUAUAACCACUAAAAAUUUAUCAUCAUGUAAUUAGCUUAAAAAAAUUUGACCAAGAUAUUUAAUGUAUUUUCUACAAUAUACCAAAGUAUCUUUCAAUAGAAUCAUUUCAUUUCUUCUCUUUCUUCUCUUUCUUCUCUUUCUUCUCUGUAAUUAACAUUUACUUUUUAUCUAGUUGUGUAAAUAUUUGUCCAAAAAAAUUAGUUGUGUAAAUAUUAUAAAUAUAUAUUAUUGUUUAUAUUUGGAUUUAGUGAUUGAGAUUUGUAUUAUUUAUGAGUUGGAGAAAUGUUUAGUAUUAGGAAUUGUAAGUGAGUUUUAAUCAUAUAAUAAUUCGACCAAAAGGAAUAGAACACUCAAUGUAUCUAUUUAGAUAGUAUAGUAUAAUAUUAUAAAAUAUUGUAUUUUCUUAAUUUUUUUUCAGUUGUGUAAAUAUUAUAAACAUAUAUUACUUUUUAUAUUUGGAUCUAGUGAUUGAAAUUUAAAGUUUAGUAUUUAUGGUUUGGGGUAAUGUUUAGUAUUAGGGGUUAUAGAUAGGUUAUAAUCACUAUUUCGGUAAUAUGGAAUAAAACAUUUGAUGCAUAUAUGUGUGGUCAAUAAAUAUGUGACGUGGAUGGUUUCUCCUUUUUUUCUUAUCUAUUUAUAUAGUGUAGUAUAAUAUUACUAAAUAUUUUUGUAAAAAUAUUAUAAAUAUAUAUAUUAUAGUUUAUAUUUGGGUUUGAAUUUAGUGAUUGAAAUUUUGGGGUUUAGUAUUUAUAAAUAGAGGUAAUGUUAAGUAUUAAGGGUUAUGGGUAAUAUUAUAAACUUAUAAUAUUUCGGUCAUAUAGAAUAGAACACUCAGUAUAUAUGUAUGUGGUCAAUAAACAUGUGAUGAUGAUGA